CUUCCAGUUGUGCGUACCGGUACAGUUCAUCAGCCUUUUUAUUCUCAUUGGUUAACAAGCCAGGCUGGCGACCAGUGAAACUGUCUCAAACAGGAGAAUAUGGUUCCAAUAAUGCUUAUUCCAUGUACAGUUGUUACGACCGUGGACCCUCAUUUGGUAACGGACACGAUCUUUACAUUGCCAGCUACGCCUCAUCCAAUAAAAAUUCCUAUUCAUACCUUGGAUACACCUACAGUCCACCAGCUGGCCACAGUUAUGGCAGCUCCUUCACCAAAUCAUUCCUGGCAGGAAGCUACACUUUUCAGCCUGAUGAAGUUGAAGUGUUUUAUGAAACUACUUGA